AUGGAGAAUCCGACAAUGAAACCAUCGAGUGUGCCAGACGAUAAGACCGUGGUGCUUAACGAUACAUACGGAACUCAUAUCGACCCGUACGCUGAGAAGAAGCUCCUUCGGAAAUGCGACCUUCGCGUUCUUCCGCCUCUCUUUGUUCUAUUUCUCCUAGCCUUUUUGGACCGUGUCAACAUUGGCAAUGCGAAGAUCCAAGGUUUGACCGAGGACUUGAACAUGACAGGCCCGUUGGCCUAUCGUUACAACCUCGCUUUAUCGAUAUUUUUUGUCCCCUAUGUCCUCUUUGAGGUACCGUCAAAUCUCAUCCUGAAAAAGAUGAAGCCUUCGACAUGGCUUAGCCUGAUCAUGAUAUGCUGGGGUUUGUUUCCUGGAUGCCUGUACCUGAUAUCGAUGUAUUACAAGCGUUACGAGCUUCAGUGGCGCAUCACCCUCUUCUUCAGCGCGAGCAUCAUCGCUGGAGCAUUCGGUGGCCUCCUUGCAUUCGCUAUUGCCAAGAUGGACGGCAUCGCAGGCUACGGAGGAUGGCGCUGGAUCUUCAUCAUCGAGGGUGCCGUCACCGUUGCAUUCGGUGUCAUCAUGUAUUUCUGGAUACCUGGGUGGCCCGAGAAAGCAGGAUUCUUGAACAUGGAAGAGAAGACCCUUCUCCUAGCACGCCUCAACGCCGACACGGGUGAUGCUGUCAUGGACAGAUUGGACAAGAAAGCUGCGAAGCGAAUCUUUUCAGACCCCAAGAUCUAUCUGGGGACUCUUGCAUACUUUGGAGUCGUCAAUACCGGCACUGCUGGUUCCAUCUUCACUCCAACUAUCGUCAAAGGACUCGGUUACACGUCUUCCGCCGCCCAAGUACGUUCGAUACCUAUAUUCAUCGUGGCAACCAUUGCAGCCGUGGCAGCAGCCUGGCUAAGCGAUCGCAUGCGCCAUCGCUAUUGGUUUUGCAUGUUCGGACUCGUCGUCGCAUCAAUUGGUUACAUCAUGCUUCUCGCCCAAGAGAACCUCCCAGCUGGCGUAAAGUACUUUGCCCUCUUUCUCGUCACACCUGGCGGUUUCAUUACUCAGCCCAUCGUGCUCGCCUGGAUGUCGAAUCUGGUGUCUGGACACUACAAGCGUUCGGUCAGCUCCGCUAUGCAAGUUGGAUUCGGUAACCUGGGAGGUGUCGUUGCGAGUAACAUCUUUCUGGAGAGCGAACUGCCAGGGUUUCGGACGGGAUAUGGGACCAGUCUGGGUUUGUUGUGGAUCUGUGCUGCGGCUUGCACCGGACUUUUGUUCUUAGUCAAAUGGGAGAACGCGAAGAGGGAGAGGGGCGAGAGGGAUGGAAGACUGCAAGAGGUGGAUGCUGACAAUCUAGGUGACGAUCAUCCGAUGUUCAGGCUUACGUCUUGA